UGAAAGAAACACUGGACACAACGGCGUGCUCUCACAUUUACGCACGAUAUGACAAGGAAAACUUAAUGCUUAUUUUGCAAGUGUGAGAGAAAGUGGAAAAAUAUGUUUUGGAAUUGAAGCACAAUACCUUUUAACCUUUUGGCAUGGAUGUAUUUUUCAACUAGUCGGUUGACAGGCUUACUUCCCAUAGUAUUAUAUACUAGCCUACUACCGUGUGAUAUAGCCUACUGAUUCGGUUAUAGGCCUACAUGUAGUGGGUAGGUUACUUUAUAAAUUAAUUGUUUUCUCUCUACUCGACAUAUUCAGAGAACUGAAAAUGGAAAAUGUUACUGAAGCUCAAGAAAAUCAGACUUGGGGGACUUGGACGGACCAAAUAAUCGAAUACAAAGUGGUGAGCACUUUGUUAGUUUUCGUGAUAUGCGCCUUUGGGAUCGUUGGUAAUGUUAUGGUGAUCUUAGUGGUGCUUACCACUAAACACAUGAGGACACCCACCAACUGCUACCUGGUGAGCUUGGCCGUUGCAGAUCUCAUCGUACUAACUGCUGCGGGCUUACCGAAUAUCACUGACAGCAUCUUCGGGUCUUGGGUGUUCGGCCGCUCAGGAUGUCUCGGAAUCACCUACCUCCAGUACCUGGGAAUCAAUGCAUCGUCCUGCUCUAUCACCGCCUUUACCAUCGAAAGGUACAUCGCUAUUUGCCACCCGAUAAAAGCCCAGUUGCUGUGCACACUAUCCAGAGCCAAGAAGAUAAUAUUGUUUGUCUGGGUUUUCACUUUACUUUACUCCGUCAUGUGGUUCUACCUGUCAGAUAUCAAAGAAGAAACAUAUGAGAACGACGUGACCAUCGUGACAUGCAGCUACAAAGUUUCAAGACAACUCUAUUUGCCCAUUUACUUUUUGGAUUUCGGGAUAUUUUUUGUUGUGCCGCUUAUGCUGGCAACCAUUCUGUAUGGUCUCAUCGCCAGAAUCCUGAUCAUGAAUCCGUUACAUUCUGAACACAAGGAUAAAAGUAAAAAUGAACAAAGCAACACAACGAGGAGAUGUAAAAACUCCCUCCACACCAGCACUACCGCUACUUCUCGGAGACAGGUGACCAAGAUGCUGGCUGUGGUGGUGAUCCUGUUCGCUGUGCUGUGGAUGCCGUACCGCACCCUGGUGGUGGUAAACUCCUUCCUGGAGCAGGCCUACAUGAAUACCUGGUUUAUCCUCUUCUGUCGGAGCUGUGUCUACAUCAACAGCGCAAUCAACCCCAUCAUCUACAAUGCUAUGUCGCAGAAGUUCCGUGCCGCCUUCCGCAAGCUCUGCCUCUGUGGACGGAAAGGCUCUGAGAAGCCUACCGGCGGCACGUACAGCGUGGCGCUGACCUACAGCGUGGUCAAGGACACAUCUAUGGUGGAGACUACGGACCAAUUCAACACAGAGCUGGACGAGAUCAUGGUAACCUAUGAGUUGCCUGACAAGAAGAUGGUGUUUCAGGACACCUGUGUGCACGACAAGGUGACUUUAUGCAAUGACUGAUGUUGUAAGGUUCGAGGUUCAGGGUUCAGUCACUGAAGAUGACAGCUCCUCUAAGCCUUGAGGGAUGUGCUGAGGCCACAGGAAUUUGACUUGCUCUCAACUGUCCUGUGUCACAGCCAUUUUCACUCACACUGAAGUUGACUAUCAAGAGACCCAAGCUUGACCUUUGGUGAGUAAUUGUAAGGCCCCAUGUACAGUGGGUGGGGCAGCAGCGUAGCCUAGUGGUUAGAGCGUUGGACUAGUAACCAGAAGGUUGCAAGUUCAAAUCCCCGAGCUGACAAGGUACAAAUCUGUCGUUCUGCCCCUGAACAGGCAGUUAACCCACUGUUCCUAGGCCGUCAUUGAAAAUAAGAAUUUGUUCUUAACUGACUUGCCUGGUUAAAUAAAGGUAAAAUAAAAUAAAAAACAAUGUGAAGGCUAUAUGGUGACACAUUACUGUGUUGUGUUUGCUCUUCAGACACAAGUCCCAAGAGCAGACACACGUUUCAAGUGUGUGCUCUUGGGACACGGACAAUGUGAACUGCCCUGGUGUGACUCAAAUUGCACAUUUUCCACUCUUAAUGAGACCUCACUGGCAGGGUCAGAGACAAGCCUCUCUCUUUCUCAAACAAGGAAUACAGACUUAUGAGUCUAAGGCCAAUGUCCUUUAUGCAGGCCUAUUUCCACAUGUAGAUUUUCCUUUAUUUUUAUUAUAUUAUGCACCAUAUUAUUGUGUAACGUGAAAAAUCUGUCGGCUAUUUGUUACAGAGAGUAAAAUGUAAACAUCAGAACUUGAGUCCAUUUUGGAGGAUCAAGAGUGAGUGAUUCUGAUUUUAAUACAGUUACUGUGUAUAUUGCGGUAUAUUAGGACUUUUCUACCUCUAGGAUGAGGUCCCCCAGUCCAUUUAAUCUUAGUUAUUCAUUGGGAUUUUAAAGGUGCUCCACACCUGAAACCCCACCUCUUUAAGGAAUACCUAGGAUAGGAUAAGUAAUCCUUCUCA